AGGGUUGGGCUUUUCACAAAUCCCAAAUUCGGAGAUUUUAUUGAUUGUGAUGUGUUAGUCAUCGUAAAUUAUGUUAAACUGAGAAACGUUUAAAUGUAGAAUCUCUAUAUUUGUUUUAUUGUAGAAGUCUGUAACUAUCUUUGAUUGUUUAUGAUUAGUAAGGACAGAAGAGCACGUGGUAAAAUGAAUGUGUGUUGUGUACUAUAAUUUUCUCUUUAAUUUUUGUGAAUUCUUAUUCUUAACCAAAGUAAAGUUGUAGCUACACGUGACUUAAACACUAGAUUGGGAUCCCACCCUUCACUUUUCAGACGUUAACGACAAUUUUUCGUUGAACGUAUAUCUACGCCUCGGCGUUCAUCUUUGUGUUUGCCACAAUAAGAUAAGGAAGCUGCAAACUCCGAUAACCAAAACAAUGGAUAGUGAAUGUGCAGAGCUGCUACCUCUUGUCUGUACAGUUCUUGUUAAUCCAAAGCAGUCACUCCCUGAUGAUACCUGCUUUGAGAAGCUGCUGGACUGGUUUAAAGACCUAACAAAAAAGGUAUCUGGGGCAUCUUUGCUGCAGCACAAUCCAUGUUUAACUGAAUUGAUAUCCAGUGUGUGUAAAUUGAAGACAAAUGAACCCACUGUUCUCUCCUUUGUACUGAGACUGGUUGGGAUCUUAGCUGCUACUGAAGAGGGAUUUUGCUUUUUAGAGGAACAGGACAUUUUGCACAGUCUCUUUGGAAACCCAGGCCUGACCCACACAGAGCUGUGGGAUGAGGCAAUAGUGCGCAGUGGGUGGAUCAAUGGAUUAUGGAGCAUGCUCCAGCACUGGAGGGUUAUGCAUUUCAUCAUAAUGAACGAUUUUACUAAAAUGAUCCUGAAUUUACAAAUAGACAGAAGCCUCUUUGUUGCUUCAGCAGCUAAUCAGCUUUUGGCUCACAUUUUAAACUUCCCAAAGAAAGUACCUGCACAUUCAUCUUCAGACAACAGUGAUAUUUGGCAGAACUCUGUGGCCUGUGAAUGUAACACCUAUGCUGAACAAACUGAAUGGGCUAACUGCAGCAUUAAAAUUGCACAACAUUUGGGAGAUGCACUGCAUUCUGACAUCUCCUUCCACACCCAUCAGUCCUUAAGGCUCCUGACUUUGGCUCUGGUACACUGCCAGCCGCAGGUCAUGGAAGUACUCUGGCAGAAGACGGAGGCUGCUAUUAAGACACGGAUGGGAAAUGGCCAGAUCGUGAUGGAACAGCCAUUCUUGGAAGUCCUUCUAACUGCAUCAAGGACUGCUCUCUUGAACAAAGAGGACUCCAACUUGGUAAAUCUGAUGGAUCUGAUGCUGUGUACUCUGAACCCCACACAAGCUAUUCCCUUUGCUUUAGGAAUAUUCAAAUUAGAAAACUGCCCACAUAUUUUGAGGAGCAAGGCCAUUCAAGUAAUCCUCCAGCCACUAGACUGUAUUAUGGCUGCAAUAGAUGAACAACAACAGUCUUCAGUUUUGGAGGGUGGAUUUGUUCUUGAAAAAUUGGCUACAAAGAAGCAGCUGUCCCAGAAAGGAUCCUGUUCAUCUUUACUUUGCCUUUCAUUGUACCACACGGAAGAGCUGUUAUGCAUGGACACACUGCACCUGGAGGUUCCAGGCAAGUCCCUGUUCUGCUCUGUUCUCACAGUGCUAAGGGCUUGCAUUGGAAUGGCACUCCCCUGCAGCUCAAAAAACAGCAACAUCUUCAAAAACUUGAUUGGCUGUACCAAGGUCCAGAAGUCGGCAAUGGAUACACUGAGCAGGCUUGCACAGUGCUCAGGAAGCAGUGAAUUUUUGAGUGAGGCUUUCUUGGUUCUUCACGAGUAUCUCCAAAAUUCUGACACGGAUUCCUCAGUAGGAGUCAAUUUCUUGUUUUAUUUGUAUACUGUAUACAGUGUAUCACACUGUUUGUGUCUGUUUGAAAUAAUGAGCCUAUUCUUCCCAUUUCAGGUUCUCACAAAAGCUAUGCAAGCCGUCUUAAACUGGUUGUUUUGCUGUUCUGAAAUACCAUUAACUUGGUUGUUUCUUAAACAAGAUCUGUUUUCGGUGUUGGAGAAGCGUCUCUGUGAUGUUCGAUGGGAGGUUAGAGAUUCAACCCUGGAGUUUUUAACUCGGCUUACCAUACAGUUUCAAGACAAAGGGGGAUUUCCUGCAAUCCUGAUGAGUACUGGGGUUCCUAGCCUCCUGCAUUCUUUGCUGUCUGACCCUGAAAGUUAUGUGCGAGCAAGUGCGAUCUGUGCCCUGGGACAAACUUCCUUUGUCAUGGGCAAAGAAGAGGACAUGAAAUCUGUCCCUGGAGUGCAGAAGGAGCUUGCAUCACAUUUAGUGGACAUAUUGGCCAAUGACACGGAGUGCUUUCCCAGAAGGGCUGUGGUCAGAGUCUUCUCUAAGUGGCUAAAGCACCCAUCCCAACAGCCAAUUCAGCAUUUGGAAAAAAAUGCCAUUACUGUGCUAGAUCUGGGCAGCAACGACUUAGACUGGGAAGUCAAAAUUCACACACUAGAGCUUGCAGAAAUUUGGAUCAGUCAGACUCUGGCAAAACCUGUUUUGUCAUGUUGUCCUUACACUGUGGCUUUGCCCACACACUCUGUCUUGAGCCUUACCGAGUCCAUACAGAAGCUUCUUGAUUUAAAAAUCUUUGAUGUUCUCUUUAAUGGAUUGUUUGACUGUGAUAGGCCAGUGGCACAGAAGGCAUGCUCAAUUCUCUUGUCACUGAAACGUGUUAUCAUUGAGGAUAGCAGUUUUACACGUUGCACUUUGACCUAUGACCUAAAAGGACAACAGUGGGCAGCAGAUACACUAACAAAAUACUUCUCCAAAAGAAGUGAGUCUGUCCAUGUCAGUACAGAUCAACAAAGACAACUUGGCAUUGUGGAAGUUCUUUCUUCACUGGAUUUGGAAGCAAUGCAGCAAACCUUGGGACAGAGUAGUGACCACAUAGAAAAUAGCCCUCGUUCCCUCCUGAAAGACAUUCUAGCAGCUACUCACACUACAGCGGACAAUGCUGUGGACUGUUACUAAUUUAAUCAGUUUGCAAUUUUUUCUGUAAUGUCAAAUAACUUAUAUUUUUAUAUUUCUGUUUCUAUAAUGCAUUUGAUCAUGAUAUGCCUCGUGUUCUGUUCCCUUCACAAAGUAUAUGUCUUCUCAGGAAGUUAGAUUUUUUUAUCUGUAUACAAGUUUCAGAUCAUUUUAGAACAUAAAUCUGGUUGCUUAUAAAUGCAUGGAUUUGUAUAUUUUUAAAGUAACAGUAAAUGUGUAGUUAGGCAGUGUUCAUAAGCUGUCUAUUCUCUGCAUAAGCCACAGUCCAAGUUAAUCGUGAGAUAUAUUGUAAGAGUGCAUUGCUUGUAUUGUAUCUCAUGAUCUGUAAGAGAAAGUGUGGGGAAAAAACUGGUAGGAGACAGUUAACGUAUGUCUGAUGGAGCACACAAUAAAAGAAGUAAGUUUUCAACAA